CGCUCUGCGUGUUUCACCAGCACGUCCACCAGCUCAGUGGCGCCCCCACACUGCAGGUCAUUGCCAUUGACAUACAGAUCUCUGGGUAAAGAGGUCCCAGACGGUCAGCUCGCGCCCGUGUGUGUAGCGUGUGUCCCGCACCGCUUGGAGGAGGGGCCAAAGGCUGGGGGACACGUGAGUCCCGGGUGUGUUCUCCGGGAAGACGCCGAAACCACGAGUGCUGCCGGCUGCUGGUCGCCGAUAUAAAACCUGUCAGCGCGCGCGGAGUCCGUGCAGAACAUACUGUAGGGAGAAACGCUUGGAUAUUGUUGCGCAGCCUCGUGACAUCGUCAGAAACAAUGACACCUGGGAGCACGCGGGAGACUACGGAAGAGGACAAACCCAAACAAACACCCAGCCCGGCAGAUUUGAUGAAGAGGAGGAGGAGGAAGAGCCUGUGGCUGGUGGUGGGCAUGCUCUGCCUGGCCCUGCUGGUCGUGGCCCUGGGAAUCUACACCACCACCCGAACAGAGAGCCUGCACGUCACUGGCUACGCCUCCGGAAUCAUUUUGGCGUUUGGAUCUUUCCUGGGUAUUCUGGGACUCUGUCUUGAAGAAAACCGCAAGCAGCUGCUGGUCGCUGCCAUAGUCUUCCUCAGCUUCGGCAUACUGACCUCUUUCUUCUGUGUGGUGGUGGAUGGAGUUUUCAUCCUCCUCAGCAUUGACACGAGACCCCUCAGAGCUGGGAGAUGCCAGUUUUACUCCAGUGGAAAGGGCUACAUCUAUGAGAACUACUACGCCUCAGUGCCAUGUCAGGGCCUGGUGGAGUCGUGUAGCAUGAAGGUGAGGAGUGGGACCUGCUACUGCUGUGACCUGUAUGACUGUGCCAACGGAGGAUACCUGAACAGCCAUUUUGAGUUUGUGGGGGUGCGGAGCUGCCAGGAGGUGCUGUCCCUGUACGUGCUGAUCUGGGUCCUCACGCUGCUCAAUCUGGCAGCCUUCAUCCUGGGCAUCCUCAGCACAGCUGUGCUGGGCAGCAUCAAAGACAUGAAGAGCCAUACGGUCAGUCCAGACGGGAGCAGCCAGCUCUCCAUCCUGCGCCACAGAGACAGCGUGGUGCUCUCCCCCACCGCCCCGCUGGUGACAGACGCCGCCGGACACUCGCUCUACCCGAGUACUUCACUGUAUUUCACACCUGCAGCAGGGAUGGAAACCCCCCAGGGUGGACCGUCGGACACCCGCCGGUUGGACCCCCACCCCCCUCCCUUUGCCCCGCUGUACAGCCUGCUGCCCUAUAAAAAGCAGGGCUUCUCUGUCUGAGGAGUACACAGCCUUUUCCCUGCCAGGGUGCAAUUAAUACCUCUCAAAACUGUCCAUCAAGCAGAUUAUGGGCAGAGAAAGAGAAGACCUCCCACCCACUCUGGGAAAAUCCAGUCUCAAUGUAAGAACAACACACAUCGUUUAAGUCUGAGACCACGCUAGAGUUUAAAUAAACCGUGACCCACACAUUAAUGACCAUAACAAUAACAAUCUGAGCUUCCCAACUGAUUAUUAUCUGUCCAGAGCACUGAGCCAGUACCAAACCAGCUUGGGUAUCAGUACCGGCCUCACAGUUUGAGACCCACUGACAGGCUGGCUCAUUCUGUUCACCCUGGGCUGCAGUUUUCUGUGGAAAAUGUGGGAAGAGGCAACUUCAUAAGCCUUGUGACAGGUGGAGCUACCACACGCUCUCAUGAACCAGUCCUACAAUGAGUUAAAAUCAAUGUGUUACUUAAACACAUGAUAGCUCCACCCACUUUAUAGCUUCACUCUUCCACAUCUGGUUCACACAUCCAAAGUAUUUGGUUUGAGUGAAAUCACAGAUAUCAUGUAAAUGUCUGUACAUGCUGCGCAAACAUUUUUUUUGUGUAUUGAUGCUUUUGUCAUUAAUUUUUAUAUGGCUUUCUAACACAUGACAGUAAGAAUGCUGUUUCAUUCUUCAAAUGGAGAAAACAUCAUUUAAGCACUGUGAAUGUCUUUUUAUACCAAAGAUGGAACUACUUGCCAGUAAACUAUAAAUAUAGUGGACCUUG